UGUUUCCUUUUUUUUUUUUAUCCUGAUCAAGUUUCGCUCUGCAAAUCCGUAGUUAAAGUCCAGCCUUUUUCACCGUCAAAUUUCUUUUAGUGAAAAAAAAAAAAAACAUAAACGAAAGUUGCUAUAUUUUGUUUUCUCCUUUUUCUCUUUCGUGUUAAUGGAAUACCGGUGUGUCCAGUGCGGGUUUCGGAUCAAAACCCUAUUCGUUCAAUACUCACCGGGAAACAUUCGGUUGAUGAAAUGUGUGAACUGUAAAGCAGUUGCUGAUGAAUAUAUUGAAUGUGAGCUCAUGAUUGUUUUGAUUGAUUUAAUAUUGCACAAGCCAAAAGCAUACAGACAUGUACUUUUCAACGUUCUCAACCAUGAAAGAACCCAUUUUCAGGGUCUCUUGUGGAAGUCAUUAGUUGGUUUCCUUGUACUGGAUGCAUACAGAAGUUUGCUUGUCAAAAGACCUGAGGAAGAAUGGGGCACAUCCAUGAGCAUUUCUUCAUUUUUUUGGAUAUAUCGUAAGAUGUUGAUGGAUGUAUUUCUUGGGAACUAUAUGUUUCUGUGUUCUUUCCUUUUUGCAAUCAGGAGCCUGCUCAAGACAUCAGCUCAAUUCUCCAGGUUCAGAGAUCUGUUGCUUGCAAUUCUAAUUUCAAGUUACUUCAAGAUUCUUCUCACUGCCAUGAUGGUUUGGGAGUUUCCACCUGCAGUGAUUUACAUCAUUGAUUUAUUUGUUUUAUCAUCUAAUACAGUUGCACUAAAAGUGAUAACCAAGUCAACUAUGAAUCGAUGUAUAGGGGCCUGCUUCAUCGCACAUGCCAUAAAAUUUUGUAUAACACAAGCAUUUGCUUAAGACAUUGAGAUACCAAUAUAUAUUUUUUUGAAUGUUCACGCCAUAUUGAAACUAAAAA